CAAGCUCUGAAACUUUUGUCCUGUUGAGUUUCGCGCAAAUGGUGGAUGUUUCGGAAACUGGCUUGAAGGUGGACGACGAGAUGGAACUGGAUUUAGGGUUGUCGAUCGGAGGGAGUUUUGGAAAACUGGAGAAAUUGAAACCGGUGAAAAAAGUGUAUGCUCUUGCGGCUGAUUGGAAAUCCAACGGGUACGACGUUGGCUUGAAGGAAAACCGCCCGGGGUUUUCAAGAUCCUGUAUGUCGCCGGGUCUUGAUGGUAAAGAUGCGAAGCUCCUGGAUCCGCAGGCGAAGCGGGAGAUGCAAGCGUUACGGAGGCAAGAAGCGAAGAAAAAGAGAGAAGAGAAGCAACAGCUGAGGAGGGUUAUGUUUGGAGCGAGGAACGGAGAGAACGGAAACGAGUGCCAAAGGAAGGAGGAGGAGGAGCAGCCGGCGCGCAAGAAAGGGAGGACAGAGGAAGAUGCGAGGAAUGUGAAUCUGCAUAUGAGCAAUGAGCACAUGCAAAAGCGGAUGCAGCACAAGCUCAAUGACGUUACCAAUCCGGUGCCCUUUGCGGUGGCAACGGUGGAGUCCCCUUACCCGCCGACGAACAGUGGCUUGCGUCUUCCUUGCGUGAUGCCGCGUUGGAUGCCCGGUGGAGGCGGGUUUGAGCCAUCGGAGGGCUGGGGUUUCAGGCCGUACAACGAGAGUCGAAGUCCGGGGCAUAACUUUUCCAACGGGUGCGAACGGGAGCCGAUUCAGCCUAUUGGGGAUAGAAACGAUGGGAAUAGGAAAACGGCGUCGCAUGGUUCGCCAAUUUGCAGUUCCUCUGCGGGUUCCGAGGAUCCCAGUUCUUCUCUUGAAGGUGUUGGAAGUGGCAGUGAUUCCAUAAGCCAUUCCAGUAACUCCUUAGUUGAACAAUCACAAUUAGAGGGUCAGAAAGCAAAUGAUACCAAGGGCCAGUCAAAACACAGUGCUUCCUCUGAUGCUGCAGAAUCCGUCUAUGACAUCAAUGUCAAACCCACGGAGAGAUUCCUUCAACAGAAUACUACUCAACCUAGCCCACCUAGACCUAAGGAAGAGUCCAUGCCGGAAACUGAAGCAAAAGCAAGUGACAAGCACAUAUCAAAUACAGAAAACGUAGCACCUUGCUCGGAGAAGGAAACAAAGUUAGAAAUGGGAAAGCCUCCCAGACCCGCACCUCAGACUCAGAAUCAAAACCCUCAUAAUUCUCUCCCUCAAAUGCCAUGUGUAUCAACCACAGGUAAUGGUCCAAACGGGAAAACCAUUAGGGGGUUUCUAUACAGAUAUACGAAAUCGGAGGUUAGCAUCAUCUGUGUCUGCCAUGGAAGCUCAUUCUCACCAGCUGAGUUUGUGCAGCAUGCGGGGGGCACGGAUGUCUCCCAUCCUCUGAAACAUAUCACUGUCAUUCCUUCUGCUUUUGGAUGAUGCGUGCACUGAACUUGAUCAUGAUCUCUAGUGUCAUUGCCUGUUGUCGGUUUUUGUUCUUUUUACAUGCUGGAUUGAUUCAGGUGGGGAGAAUGGAGAGACGUUCAGGGAAGAUUGUAUUGAAGUGUUUGUAACUUUGUAUAUACUCGAGAGUUGGAGGAGCUCUUCCUUUCUAAUGAUUGAUUGAGAGACUCGACUCGCAUCUUUUGAAUGUUGAUAUUCCUUGUUUUUUAAAACUGCUUUUGACGUGCAUUACUGGAUAUUACAGAUUCCUGUAAAAAGUUAUACCUUCUAAUUUGUGGGUUAACUUUUGUUAUAAACGGAGUAUGAUCUUUAA